CAGAAUGUUGCUGUUGUCUAUAUGUAGACGUCCAUGACAGGCGUGGCAGAACGGGAUGCGGUUGCCAUGACAACGCACGGGCCUGAAGCGACGCUGGGCGUCGAGACGCUCAGUCAGCGCCCGACGGCUGCGUCGGUGACAUCAGUCGCUCCCUUGCCAACCGUCAGUCGCCUACUCAGCCGAUCGCGACGCGUCACGCGAGUUUCUCACUAAAACAUCAUUCCUGAAAUUUUCUUGUCAUACAAAAAGUGUUUCAAUAAAACGUCGUAAUAAAAUUCAAGUAGAAAGACUACUUCAUUGCAACAAGUUUUUGAAAAAGUUGGUUUGAACAGUUUCCACACACCUGGUUUACAGAAGAAUCACAACAAAAGGUUCUCUGUGAAAUCAGGGAACGCUUGGUGAUGUGGUUACGAAGAAGAAGGUGACAGAGGAGGUGAAAAUAGGAGGAGGAGGAGAAGGAGAAUGGACGGCGAGAACCGGAUAAUCCUGAACGUGGGUGGCAUCCGGUACGAGACGUACAAAGCGACCCUCAAGAAGAUCCCGGCGACGCGACUGUCGCGGCUGACCGAGGCACUCGCCAACUAUGACCCCGUGCUCAACGAGUACUUCUUCGACAGGCAUCCUGGCGUGUUCGCUCAGGUGCUCAACUACUACAGGACUGGAAAACUACAUUACCCGACCAAUGUUUGCGGACCAUUAUUUGAAGAAGAACUUGAGUUCUGGGGUCUAGACUCCAAUCAAGUGGAGCCUUGCUGCUGGUCAACUUAUAGCAUUCACAGAGACACACAGGCAACACUGGCUAUCCUUGACAAGCUGGACAUUGACGCUGACCGUCCCACAGAAGAAGAGAUAGCUCGCAAAUUCGGCUACGAGGAAGACUUUUUGGCGGGGAGGCUGUCAUGUUGGCAACGGAUCAAACCUCGCAUCUGGUCACUAUUCGACGAACCCUACUCGUCUCUGGGUGCUAAGGUGGUGGCGGUGAUGUCGGUGUUCUUCAUCUGCGUGUCAGUGUUGUCGUUCGCACUGAAGACGCACCCGGACAUGCGUGUGGCGAGUGUGCGCAACGUCAGCGUGAGUCUGGCCAACGGCAGCUGGGCGUGGACACUCGACAAGCAGCGCACUGACCCGCAUCAGGCCUUCUUCUACGUCGAGUUGGCCUGCAACGCUUGGUUCACGUUCGAGCUCGCUGUGCGCUCUGUGGUGAGUCCGAACCUGGUGCAGUUCGUGAAGUCGCCGGUGAACGUGAUAGACGCGGUAGCGACACUCAGCUUCUACACGGACAGCCUGCUGCACAACAGCCUGGACCAGCGCCUAGACAAGUCCGACAUCGUCGAGUUCUUCUCCAUCAUCCGCAUCCUGCGCCUCUUCAAGCUGACCAGGCACUCGCCAGGCCUCAAGAUACUCAUCCACACUUUCAAGGCGUCCGCCAAGGAGCUAACGCUGCUCGUCUUCUUCCUUGUCCUCGGCAUUGUUGUGUUUGCCUCGCUCAUCUACUAUGCUGAAAAGCUGCAGGCGAAUCCGCACAACGACUUCAAGAGCAUACCGGAAGGUUUAUGGUGGGCCAUCGUUACCAUGACAACGGUCGGCUAUGGCGAUAUGGCGCCAAAAACUUACGUCGGCAUGUUUGUGGGCGCGCUGUGCGCUCUCGCAGGCGUACUCACCAUCGCGCUCCCCGUGCCUGUCAUCGUUUCCAACUUCUCCAUGUUCUACUCGCAUACUCAGGCGCGAUCCAAGCUGCCGAAAAAGAGAAGACGGGUGCUGCCAGUGGAGCAGCCACGACCGAAGCGCGGAGACUGCACCGCCGUCAACCGCCGCAUGGGGGCCAUCAAGCACCAUCAGCACCCCGCCACUCUCAAGGACGCCAAACUCGGCACAGUGAAUGGUGUAAAUAUGCUGGGUCUGGCUCUUCAGGGACCAUCUAUACCCGGCCUCACAUUACCUGCCCCAUCUGCUCCAAUUGGAAUAGCCUUCACUGCAGCGCCGGAAUCAGAAGGCAGCAGCUCAACGGGUCUGGCGUUGAUCAGCAGCCGUGGCUCAGUCGCCCCAGCCCCUCUGCAGCCCAGGGCAGCCACAAUUGGCACUGCCAACCUUCUGCUCCCACUUCAGCCUUGCUUACUAGCUGCGACAGCUGAAGAGAUGCAGAGAAUGAGAGGACCAAUAGCAGCACAACCCAGCAGCGUCAUCAACGGCGAAAUGGAAUCCUCUGUGAAUCCAGCAUCGACCGACUGAUUGCCUCAUCACUGGCCAUUUAUUGUAAAUCUCAACAUAGAACAGAUUAUAUGUAUAUUUUUGUGUAUUGGAAACUAUUUAUGAUCUAAGAUUCAACUAUUGCCAGAAGUCUUUCAUUGAAAUAGUCUCGUUUAACUGGAAAACUAUAACAGUCGGAAUUUUAAGGUACAGUCAUAAAUAUAACCAUAGAAUAAGCAUACAGGAAUUGUGUAUGUUUUCUCUAUGAUUAAUCAUAAUACUUUCUAUGAAUAAUCAAUCCAUAUAUUAUUGUCUGAUUAUAUGAAUUCGAGCUUCUUCGAAAAGAAUAUUUAUAAUUCAGAACAAUUUUUCCCAAAACAAAGAACUGACUGAAUCUGAAACAUGACAUAUAUAUAAUGCCAUAAGGAUAUUAUCAAUAAGAGGAAUUCAAUUUAGAAACCUUUUUCAAUGUGUGGAAAUAUAAACUCUAUUCAAUUUCACUAAUUUGAUUUAUGAAAUACGCAUUAUAAUUAUAUAAUAUAUUCUGUGUGGAAGUAGGCCUUUCAUACUCUCCACUUUAGGGACAUGUAUAAUAUAAUUUCUUCUGUUCAAAGAUGUCGAAAAGUAUCUAAUAAUUUGGACGUCAGUUUGAUAAAAAUCGUCCAUAAUCGAGAGCACUGGAAAUUUAAACCAUUAGAUUCAAAUAUUUCUCACUUCAAACAUGGCAUUAGAAUAUAAAUAUUACGUACUGUUUUCCUUUCACCUUAUCACUGUAAUUCUGAAAUCACUGAAAUCUGAACUGAAUUUCGACAAUAUGGAGUAAUCAAAAUUAUUGUUCCGGUUUAGCUGAAAUUGAAAUUUUGUAUGGAAACCACAUUGCUUCUUCAAGUUUUUAGAAAAACUUUAAUCAUUAUCAGUCGCUUCUAUAUAUCUUCAAUAAUAUAUUCAAUGCGUUUUAAUUUUUUAUUGCAGCUUCUCAUUUAAAAUUGGUUACAGAACUUUAAAAAUUAUACACGGCCUAAAAGUAUGUGUUCAAAUUAUUGCAUAUGCAUAAUAGGUAUGAUAUGUAGGCCUGAACAGACGAAUCAAUUGGAAAAGUAUUGAUAGAAAGUACUUUAUGAACUUCCGUACAAUAUUGAUAACUGAAAUAGGAAUAUUGAAAAUUGCGUGUACCUAUGAAAUAUUUUGGAAAAUAUCUUUCAACUUCAUGAGCUCGAUGGCGUUUUUUGAAUAUUCAGAAAAAAUAUUAGAAUAAUUGUACUUGUAUUGCCAGCUCCAAGAAAUCUGAAAAAAUCAAUACAUUUACUUCACUUAAUUACACUUACACAAAAUUAUUUUAUAGAUUCUAUUGAUAUAAUGUCCUUUAAUAUGAAUUAAUUUAGAUUGUGAAUCAUUGUGAUUAGUAAUAUUAUCAAGCCCGUUCAUAUUAAUGUAUCCAGUAACAUGACUCGGAAUCAACUAAAUACUGAUUAUGAAAAUGUAUAAGACUGAUUAGCUUGUAUGCGGAAUGUAGGAGAACAUUGUUUUUAGAAUAUUGGCAAGAAAUUAACAAGGAUAUUGGAAAAUACAAUAUUGUACUGGAGAGAAAAGUAUAAAAUUAAUUUAUAAUAUACAUCUGUCCAGUUAGUAUUAUUUAUUUAUUGGUGUUACAUUACUAAUCUAAUGAUUGAGGCUUACCAUUAGCAUAGGAUUGAUUAUUGGAUCAAUUAGCUUGGAGGAUGAUCAGUGCUUAUUAUUGAUUAGAAUUUUCUAAACGAUCAGGUUCCCUUCAAUACCACUUAAAAAAUAAAUACUUUUGAAAACGGGUAUCAAAUUUCACGUAUGAUAAUAAUUUAUUAAUUUACAUAAUAUUUUUUGAAGAAAAUUAGGUGAACUUUUUCUGUUACACAUGAAUAGAAUACCUAUGUUAUAUGAACAUAAAUCUUUGCUUUUUCAAGAUAAUCUGAAAAAAUUCAACUCUUGUCAAACUCAAAUUUUGUUCAAUGUGAAUUUUUUUCAGGAAAUCUAUAAGAUAAAAUCAAACAAUAGAAGAAAUAACAAACUAUAUCACUAAUCGGUCGUAUAAUUCAAUUAUAUUUUGUGGGUUUCAAUAAGUUUUCAUAAAGAUGAUUUCCCAAAAAUCUAAUUACAGUCUAUAUUAUCCUGAAAAACUACUUGAAGUGGAGCAAUUAUUAUAAUACUAUGCAUUCUGUCCUUAUAAUUCAAGAAGUGAAAGGCAUUGUUAAUUGAUUCAUUAAAAAACAACUACCUAUUUUAAUUGUAUGCGUAGGUAUCAUUGCUAAGUAUUGUAUGAUAAAAUUGGUUGUUGUUAUUAUUCAACUUAGACUAUACAAAGUAAUCGGGAUGAAGAAAGUAGAUAUUGAAAAUAAUUGUGUCAGUUAUUGUUUUAAUUGCAUAAAAGUAGGUGUUUAUUGUGAAAAUACGCUUUUCCUCCUGUAUGCUACAAGAAAAGUAUCAAUGUUUUUGCUCCUCCAAUUUUAUGUCAUUCUUUAUGCUGUCUGUAUAAUGCUGUAGCUACUAAUGCUUUUUCAAAUUGUGCCAAUUUUAUAAUUAAAUAUCUAUCAAAAGUUGUAUGAGUUAAAGAAUAUAGUGGAAAAUACUCAAUGCCUAACAAAAGGCUACUUUCAAAUAAAGAAUAAGCGAUUGCUGAUAUGAACAAGCGAAAAGUAAGAGUCAUAUCAUAUUAUGAUUCUGCAGUUCUUAUUGAUUUAUUCCAAGAGGAAAAUCAAUCAAUUGAUGAUAAAAUAUCUAAGAUCUUGUUCAAUAACGAAGAUGUACCGAACCACGGAAUAAGGAAGUUGUUCUUUAUUCUGUGACCGAACGUACAUAAGCAAUGCAAGUAGAUUGCAAAUAAUUUAUAUUUAUGAUGCAAAUAUAGCAAGUAACUCUAAUGCAAUCUUAUGCAACUGGAUGGAACAUAAAUGUAAUAUUGUAAUUAUAAUGUAAGUUAUGUGUCGAAUAAAUGUGUUUAUAUUUUUAAACAGUUUUCAAUA